CACACACACACACACUUUCUCACUCAGCGCCAUGCAGCCUGCUCCAGCUGCAGCUCCAGCUCCAUCCCCCGGGCCUUGACUAGCACAGGGCGAAAAAAACACAAAAAAACCCCCAAAAUAUUUACUCUGGUUCAUAAACAAAAGAAGAGAUAACGAGUGCACCAUGGAGGCUGUUAAAGCGUUUAACGGCGAGCUGUACUCUCUGAAUGAAUACAAGCCUCCGAUCUCCAAAGCGAAGAUGACCCAGAUCACCAAGUCAGCCAUUAAAGCGAUAAAGUUCUACAAACAUGUGGUCCAAAGCGUGGAGAAGUUCAUUCAGAAGUGCAAGCCUGAGUACAAGGUCCCCGGUCUGUACGUCAUCGACUCGAUCGUGCGUCAGUCGCGGCACCAGUUCGGCCAGGAGAAGGACGUGUUCGCUCCACGCUUCAGCAAGAACAUCAUCAGCACUUUCCAGAACCUCUACAGAUGCCCCUCUGAUGAUAAGAGCAAGAUCGUCCGUGUCCUCAACCUGUGGCAGAAAAACAGCGUGUUCAAAAGUGACAUCAUCCAGCCGUUACUGGACAUGGCAGCGGGACUCCCGCCCCCGAGCGUCACACCCGUUCCCGCCAGCACCGCGGUUCCUGUUAACAAUGCCACUCCUGGCACUCCUGCUACUCCGGCCACUCCGGCCAACAUCGUGCCCAGUUUACCGGACUGGGCCUCUCAGAUCUCCAACUCGGACACCGUGGCAGCUGUAGCGCAGAUCCUACAGAGCCCUCAAGGACAGCAGUUGCAGCAGUUGGUGCAGAGUUUGCAGUUGCAGCAGCAGAAGCCUCAGCCGUCUCUCCUGCAGGCGUUAGACGCAGGUCUGGUGGUCCAACUGCAGGCCCUGACCGCUCAGCUCACAGCGGCCGCAGCAGCCAACACGCUCAACCCGCUCGAGCAGAGAGUCUCCUCCUUCAACAAGAAGCUCUUGGGACAGUUCGACUUCGGCGGCGAGUCCGAAACCGGCGAAGAUUCCAAAAAGGACACGGCGGCACCUCAGUUGCCCAUGGUUUCAGAGUCCAUUAACAACUCCCUCUUCCAUCAGUUGGCUGAGCAGCUCCAGCAGCAGAACCUCGAACAGUUUCAGAAACAAAUUCUAGAGCAUCAACAGCAUCAGCAGAAGUCCAUGGCCAUGGAGAACCAGGAGAGCAUCUUCGGUCCGGAGAACUCGGCCCCUCCAGCACAGAGCAACGUCCAACCGCAGCUCCAAGAGCAGGAAACCAAACUGGAUGAUUCUAUUGACAACCAACAACAGGACAUGGACCUGGACGAGGGACAGGACACUGUAGACGAGGAUGCGUUCGAGUCGGAGGAGAAGAAAACCAGCGGUACUCGUUCCAGAACACACUCUCGGUCUCGCUCCAGGUCCCCAAAGAGGAGGAGGUCAAGGUCACGCUCAGGGUCCCGGAAGCGCAAACACCGGAAACGGUCGCGCUCGCGCUCCAGAGAACGGAAGAGAACGAAAUCCUCUCGUUCCUACUCCAGCGAGCGACGAGCACGGGAGAGAGAGAAGGAGCGGCAGAAGAAAGGCCUUCCUCCAAUCCGCUCCAAAUUUCUCAGCGUCUGUAGCACCACGUUGUGGGUGGGCCAAGUGGACAAGAAGGCCACACAGCAAGACCUCACCAACCUUUUUGAGGAGUUUGGCCAGAUCGAAUCCAUCAACAUGAUUCCUCCCAGAGGAUGUGCUUACAUCUGCAUGGUGCAUCGUCAGGACGCUUAUCGCGCAAGACAGAAAUUAAGCACCGGCUCGUAUAAAAUCGGGUCCAAGGUUAUAAAGAUUGCCUGGGCUCUUAAUAAGGGUGUGAAACAGGAGUACAAACAGUUCUGGGACGUGGAUCUAGGAGUGACCUACAUCCCCUGGGAGAAGGUCAAGGUGGACGACCUGGACGGCUUUGCGGAAGGAGGCAUGAUCGACCAGGAAACAGUCAACAGUGAAUGGGAAGCUCAGAAGAACACAGAAGGAACACCUAAGGAACCCCAGGUUCAGCCGGCGGCUGCCGAGAGCAGCGUGCCGAGCACGUCACAGAACGAAACCUUCACGCAGCCGGUCGCCAUGAUGCCCGUACAGAUCCCAGUGGCGCAGACCGUCCCUGCUGUCAGCCUGGUCCCGCCCGCAUUUCCGGUCACCAUGACGAUGCCCCCACCAGGUUUCGGUCCCCCGCCCCCAUUUCUCAGGGCUGGAUUCAACACCUCGCAGCCUCCUCCAGGUUUCAUGGCCGCUUCCAGUGUUGCUCAGUCUGCCAUCGGAGCUGGUCUCGCCUCCGCCCAAACACCUUUGGUACAACCGACUCAAGACGGCAACAAGGAGCAGACGUUUGGAGCGAUGCUCCCUCCGACGAGCACUAUUCCGGCAAGCUUCAUGCCCUCGGGAAUGCCUGGAGCGGUGUUCAACCCUGUGGGAGCGCAAGCACAGCAGGCCAGCGCUGACAAAACAGCUGUGUCUGCAGAGAGCUUAGACGCACCUAACGAAAUAACACUACACGGACUUCAGAACGCAGUACGCAGUGGGAUGGGUUUACUGGGCAUGCACCCUUCCGCAUCUCUCGCUCACCCUCUCUCUGGACAGAGGAUGCCUGGGCUGCUGCCCAUCGACUUGCGUCCCAACCUCCUCCAGGGAGCCGGGGCUCGUUUCCCCAUGCUCAUGCAGCAAGGCCUGGCGCAACAAGCCAACAGCCUCCUGGACGCCUCCUCGCUUCAGGUCCGUGCCCGCACCCCUUUCCCUCAGAUGGAGCACUUUAAUCGUGCAGACGGUCCCUUCGCGAGGGCCCCCAAUCCCACAGCUCCUGCCCCAGACAACAUGGACAAAGCUAAUAAUAAUAAUAACAAUAACGCACCGACUACUUCAGAUGGCGGAGGUCAACAAGAGGGCGAUCAGGACUAUCGCUUCCCGCCUCCGGAGAAACAGAGCACGGGUCUGCUGAGGACCCCUCCUCCUGAAAUGAGGACGGAGCCAACCCCUGUCAGAACUCCACUGCUGGAGAGACCUCCCAGAGGAGGCGUGCACAUGGAGGGACCCGGGAGACGGGAGCCCGCGCCAGGCCCUUUCAGAGCCGAGACGCGCUGGGGCGCACCGCGCGGGGACUUGGACGAGCGAGAUAUGAGAGGAAUGCCAGCAGGACCACCCAAGAGCUUUCAGGAGGAUCGCGGGAAUCCGAAUUUCCAAAACCGUUUCGAGAUGCGAGGCGGAGGAGCCAUGGGUGGAGUAGGGCCGGGCUGGAAUCGUGGAGGAGGAGGAGGAGGAGGAGGAGGAGGUGGUGGUGGAGGAGGAGGAGGAGGUCCUUUCAAUGCCAACUCUCAUCAGGACUUUGACGAUCGGCGUCGGCCUUGGGAGAGGCAGAAGGACCGCGACGACAGGGACUUCCGCAGGGAAAUGAAUGACAACCGGCACAGGGAGCGAGACCGCGAACGAGGGCGAGAUCGGAAUCGGGAGCGAGAGAGAGACAGAGAAUGGGAUAACGAUAAGGAAAGAGACAGGGAGCGCGGCGGCUGGGCGCCUCCUACUUCGCAACCUCUCCUCCCUCUUCCCAGACCAUCCCAACCACUGCUUCCUCUACCCACACCUCUGCUAAACCUGCCUCCGUCUCAGCCCGAGUCGCAUCCUAAACCUGUCCUGCACGAGCCGAGACAAGCCGAACCACAGCCGGAAGCGAAGCCGCCCCUGCAGCCGCAGCCUGACAGAGAGAGUGCAGGCGGCCAGGACAACAAAGGCACCUUUAGUGACAGUGUUCACGACCUGGACUCUAAACCCGAAACCGACUCGGAACCCACAGCCGAGCCGUCUCGCCCCUCCCCGCCCGCUCCCACAGCCAAGCCCCUAAACGAUACGCAAGCCCCGGAAGUUUCCGCUUCCCCGCUCGUGGCUGCAGGCGGCGGCGGCGGACAGACCGCGCCGAAGGAAGAAGCCGAGACUGGGACUGAGCCUGAGCUAGUGAAAACGGACACUGAGGAAACAUAAUCGUCACUCAGUAGGUAAAAAGAUUUUGUAUAGUUGUCAUCUCUGUACUUAUUUCAAACGGCUUCCACAGGACCUGCUCAGUUCUGUUGCCCGAAAAGAAAAAAAGGAAAAAAAAAAAGAUCUUACGUUUCAUGCCAGUUAUGUACAUCAUAGAUGGCUCACAAUAGAGGAUUUCACUGGUAGGUGAUAUUUUAAUGUUUUAUUUUAAUUUCAUGUUUUUAGUUGUUUUUUUUGUUUUGUUUUGUUUUUUUAUUAAAUGCAACCCCACUGUUUUAAAGCUAGGUUUUUAAAAUCCUUGGAAUUUGCUUGCCAAAAUGUUGUUUAGCUUAACUGUGAUUUUGGGGAGGGUGUGGAGCUGUGACCUUCCUAUGGAAGAGUUUAAAGGACGCUGGCUAUUUUUUUUUUUCUUUUUCCCCCCCCACUGAAGGAUCAAAUGCAGAACGUGUGAUUGGGGAGUGGGGGAAGGGGGGAAGGAAAACAAACAAAAACAAACAAACAAACAAACAAAAAAGAAAAGCAGUCCAGGCCUGUUCUGUGUUUUGUUUUCCAACCAGCGGCUGCAGAGUUUUAAAAUGAAAUGAAUUGAAUGCCUUUGUGGUGUCCUUAAUGCUUGUUGUCUUUUAAGCAAAAAAUGAUACGUACAGCCAAUACAGUGAGAACAGUAAUGCCGUUUUUAGUUGCUUUUGAAAAGAAUACAAAAAGAUUAAAAAUAUGAUAUGAUGUA